GUGGACUGUAAUGCUGAAUAACUCGCAUAACUUUUUUUUUAGUUCUAAACCAUUCAAUACUCUGUUAUGAUGAUCAGAUGGUAUAAUGUUACCUUUAAAACAGGUGCUUUGCUUCCUCCAGUGGACACAAAUGUCACACAGCGCGCACUGUUCACCACGGGAAAGGUCAUGGUUACCCUUUCUGGGGGUGGUUUAGGUGAGUCGCCUAUGGGAGCAAUCAUCAUUUUGGUUUCCUGAAAACAGAAUACAGAUACUACAAACAUCACCACCACCAUCUCCAAAAUGUCUGAGGUACUAAGCUUUACUGCCAGUGUCAGUGAGGAAGGCGCACCAUUGUAAAAUGAUCGCAUAAUACAUGUGAACAACACUUUAUUAUACUAUCAUUCAUGUGUAUCCACUUAAUUUACAUGCUGGGUCUGGAUUACAGUCAGGAUAAACCACUGUAUCAAGCUACUUCUCACCUCUAAAAGAGGGUGGUCUGGGAACAAGGAGCACGUGUGUCCAUCAGGCCCCAUGCCCAACAGCAGCAUGUCAAAAAUGGGAAUGUCAUCAUCUGGAAACGCCUGUGAUGAAUUCACAUUUGGUUAUGAUGCAACAUGCAAAACAGUCUAGUCAUUUAAAAUGUAACUUGUUGGUGAGAUUUACCUUCUUUAAUUUUGCUGUAUAGUCCUCUGCACAUUCAGCCACUGGCUGAGAUGGGUCAAUGGUUAAAAUGCCACUGUCAGGAAUGUUCACCUUGGAAAAAAGUUGACUCUGCAACAGAAGCAAUGAUCACAAAGAUUGUUUGGUAAAUAUUGUUAGUUGUGACAAUAUUGUAGUAAUGCUAUGAUACCCUGUAGAGUCCAUAGGUGCUUUCUGGAUCAUCAAAUGGCACCCGCCUCUCAUCACAGAAACCAACCACCCAUUUGCUGCAGUCCAACUUUGGUAGAGCGAGAAGCUCUUUGCUCAGCAUCGACACGAGGCUUCCUCCAGACAGUCCCAAAGUAAACCUUCCUCGAGCGCUGAUGGCCUUUUCAGCCCGAGAUGUCACCAACUGCGCCAAUGCUGGUCCGAGUUCAGCCCCAGAAGGGAAGACAACAACUCUCCUGCCGGUCAUAUCUGUUGAAACACAGGUUUUAAGAAGAGGAAGUUAAGGUAAGAACAUGUGGAUAACAAUACAUUGCGUUAAACGCUGUAAACAUUGUGUAGAUCAUAAUAAUUCAGUUAGUCGGUUUAACGUCACAAUGCACGUUCAUUUGACAACGAAUUAUACGACGCACCACAUGAGUACAUCGCAUUUUUUUUUUGUUUAAUCGGUGACACAAUUCAAGAUUUUUACACUUGAGUCACUAUGUCGUUUACUCACUGAUCGAGAAUCCGAAGAGAGAUUUGACAUGAAGCUUUGCAGCCGACUAGUGCGCAAGUCAUUGCGACACUUCCGGCUUCUAAGAAGCCAAUAACAACACUUGUUAAUGUCGCGGUGCUUCAUGGGUAUUGAAGUCUUAUCCCGUCUGAGAACGAGAAGUUAUCGAGGGAAAAACAAACCAACAACGACAUUGUCGGAUUUGUAAGUUAAUAUGUGUGUUGCAUGUCACAUCCAAUUAAUAAAUAAAUGCAUGUCACUUCCAAGGCUCCGCAGUUUGGUAUGAAAGGCGACAGUUGCCGCGACGUGCAGCGUGUCUGCCACACCACCAGAUGGCAACCGUGCGUCGCUUCCGUCCGCUAUCGCUACCACCCCAAGCUUGGGCACGCAGCUUCCUCCUCCUCCUCCUCCUCACUGAAAGUAGAUUUUUUUUUCUGCGUUCUGCUCAAAAUAGUUGGGAUUCGAGGCGCUCCCGAACCAUGUCGACAACCUUCUCCUUCCAGACGCAGCUGGCGUCGAUCAUGGACGCGCUCAGCAAAACCGCUGUCAUGGAAAUAGGCAGGCUGGUUGAGAUCGAGUCCAAAAUGCUCAAAAUCGAGAUAACUCGAGGGCGGAACGAAAUCGCAUCCCUCACCGAGAAGCUUCAACUGAUGGAGAAAUUGCUUAACAUUGCUCAGGCAGCAUCUUGCUCGUCAGCUGGGGAGGAUGGUUCGUCGUUGGAGGCUGACCGGACUAGAUCCAAAACAUUAAGUGAGAAUCAAUGGGAAACCAUCACCUCGUCUUCGGCAACACACCGGAGUGAAGAGCAUGCAACCUCUGAAGUUCUACAACCAGCAAAAGAGCAGGAUGCACCGUCCGCGUUAAAGGAAGAACCCCAAGAUGUGGACAUUAAACAGAGCAAACAAGGAAGAGAAGCUGAAACUGACAUGCUGAAGAGCCCAGUUGUGACAAAGGAUCUGGACACUACAACACAGUCUAUCUUCACUGACAAUUUUGCAUCACCAAGCACCCAGUUCUCACAGCGUGGACCAGGAAGAAGUGACACAUGUUGGACUUCAAAAGUCCAAGUCGCAGACAUAAGAAGUGAUGCCGCUAAUCCACCUCCUCAAGGCCCUUCAUUGCACAGAAAUAUGAAGAUCCAUAGUUUCUGGAACUCUAAUAUUAAGAGGGUUUGUUGCCUGCAUUGUGGUAAGAAUUUCAAAUGCUUUAGUCAGCUCGAAAUACACCAAAGAAGUCACACGGGGGAGAAACCGUACAGAUGCACACUGUGUGGAAAGAGAUAUGCUCAACGGGGACAUUUGUACACACACCAGCGAACACACACGGGCGAGAAACCUUAUCGCUGUCCUCUCUGCGGAAAGGGUUUCAUCCAGAAAUGUACUCUUGACAUGCAUCAACGCACACACACCGGGGAAAAACCCUUCGUCUGUGUUAAAUGUGGGAAAAGUUUCACAAAGAACUGUAAUCUGAAGAAGCACCUCAAGGUUCAUUUUGAUGCCGAUUUAAAUGGCUUUGGUGGUGAUUUAUGUGCAUCUACUACAUAUAACCCAACAUUCACCGGUGAAAACACUUGAGCCACCAAAAUGUUCUUGUUGUCCAGAACGUCUCGUGGUUGGUGUUGAUUUUUGAAAUAAUACAACAAUAAAUUAAAACAUAUAGGGUUGUGAAAUUCUUAAAGUAAAUCUUUCUACCCCUCUGAAGAUGUUUCUAGUCUUUUUUUCAGUGUGAUGGCGAUUAAAAUAUAUAUUUUUUUAGACCUGACCACCUUCCAGCCGCGCUCUCUUUUCCAUUUCUGUUCACAUCUGUUUUAUCGAGUUGCAAUCCUCCUGAAAACUGGGAUUUUGUCCUGAUGCAGGUUUCGAUUGUGCAGUUUUUUUUUUAUUCUCAGUACAUUUGAUGUCGAAAAAAAUAGUCUAGAAUCAAAUGCCAAAAGUGUCAGUUUUACCAUUUCAUAAUUUUGAUUUUGUGGUGUUCAUUCACAAUUUUAAACAGCUUACCUUUCAGCGCUGGGGUUGAAGAAUGUCCCAACCCAUUUUCCUUUCAUCUGGGGUCCCCUCCCUUCCCUGUCGCCCCAUCUCUCGCUCUCUCUUCCCCCUUUCAUCUCUCCGUCCCUCCAGGCCUCACACAAAAAUACAUGUGGGCGACACAGGGUGUAUAAUCCCAUUGCAGCUACCUUUUCUAAGCUACAACAGUGUUGCUGGUGCAGUGUGCGACCACUAACAUCCCUGUCUCUCAGAACCUGUUCCUGCGGGGCGUCGUGGAGGAUGCUACAGAACCUGUUUCAUCUGCUGGAGAGAGUCAU